AUGGCGAGCACCACGCCACCCCCGACGCGACGCGAAAGCAACGCCACGGCCCCUGACGUACCCAUAUCCCGCUCCUCCGUCGUUUCCGGCACCGGUAACGGCCUCUCGCUCUCGCCCCCUAUCUACGGCUCCGACUCCAGCGACGAUGGUCUGCGCAUGACGCCCGCCGAGGCUCGUCGCUUCGCCCGCCGCAACCUGCGCCGCGCCUCGGCCACCCCCGACCUCGUCACCAGCCUCGUGCGUCCGCCUUCGCCCGAGGCCUUUUACAUCACCCCCGAGAUCCACGGCCGCAUGCGGCAAGGGGGCGUGCUGCGGGGCCUGCGCCGCCGCACCUCCGGAUCAAUGCCCGGCGGCGGUGCGACGACGGCCGGUGGCGGCAGCGCCUCGACGAUCAACACGGACCGCCGAUCGGGGCCGCUCCUCCCGCCGCACAAAUCCUCGCUCGACAUCCCGAAGCGCUACGGCGGCCAGUGCAUCUUCGACAUGUACUCGCUGUCCUACGUCGCCGAGCCCGACACCAACUUGCUGUGCCCUAUCUGCCACGACCCGCUCGUCGAUCCCGUCACCACCCCGUGCGACCAUACGUUCUGCUACCGCUGCAUCCGCCGAAGCAUAUCCUCCAGUCCGUCGGGAACGGCCUGUCCCAUCGACCGGGAGCCGCUGUUCUGGGCGGACUGCUUCAGCGCCGCCCGGCUCAUCCGCACGCAGCUCAACGCGCUCGUGGUCAAGUGCCCGUACACGAACCGAGGAUGUACAAAGGAGCUGCGCCGGGAGAUGAUCGAGAAGCACGCGUCCAGCGAGUGCCGGUACCGGGACUACUAUUGCCCCGACAAGGACUGCACCAAGAAGCUGUCCUCGAAGCCGACCGACGACCUGUGCCAUCACAAGGAGACGUCCUGCGCCGCGUGCCUGGAGCGGGUCGAAGAGGCCGACUCCGAGCUGCACCUACUGUCCUGCCUCAAGAGCAAGACGAGAUGCGAGGCGUGCUGGGACUUGGUCGUGCGGUCGCAGAUGGACGCCCACCGCGACCUGGAGUGCGACGGCGUCGAGGUCGGCUGCCCGUACCAGAACCUCGGCUGCCCGGCGCGCAUCAUGCGCGGGCAGGUCAGUACCCACACCCUCUGCUGCGCAUUCCACCCGGAGACGCCCUCGGGCAUCAUUAUUCGCUCGCAGCGCGACGUCAUCCAGUCCUACGGCGACAUGGCCAGCCAGCUGCGCGAUCUGCAGGCGCGCCAGGCGGAGAACACCCGACGCCUGGAUGACAUGUCCGUCAGCGGGCGCCGCUUCGGUGUCGGCGGAAGCAGCGGCAGCGGCGCCGGUGCCGCGAGCUCCUCCGGCGCGGGCGCGGGCGAGCCAGCCAUCAGCGACAGCUGCCGCACCAUGCAGGACCUGGACGCGGGCUUCGAGGAGGUGCACCAGAACCUGACGCACCUCGAGGCGCGCCAGAGCAUGUGGACGCUCAACCAGGUCAUGCCGAUCCGCGAGGAGGUCACGGAGCUCCGCAACAACAUCAACAUGAUCCGCAUGCACGUCAACUGGCUGCUGAACCGCAGCCGCGAGGAGGGCCGCAUCCGCGCCGCCAACAACACAGGUGCAGCAGCUGCGGCAGCGGCAGCGGCGGCGGGCGUUCGGAGGAACAGCGCAGGGGAGGGCGUCAUGCUGCAGGAGAGGAGGCGGUCAUCCGGGAUGGAUGCGGAUGUGCCACGACUGUAA